CAAGCUCGACAAGCUCCCUGAACAUCAUCGACCUUCUCCCUAACACUCCGCAAUUUGCCCCUCCUUCAAGCCGACACUACCCCUUGACCGCCACGCACGUUCGAGAUGGCCGCCCCGGGAGACCAGCGCAUAGCUGUUCCUAUCGACGACCCCAACGCCGACACAGAAUGGAACGACAUCCUUCGCAAGCAUGGCGUCAUCCCCGAGAAGCCCCCCAGCCCGACGCCUAUGAUCCAAGAAGCUAUCGAAGAAGCGCGUCGACUUGCACACGAGAACAGACUUGAAGGCAAGGACCUGGAUGAGCUUGACGAGCUUGAAGACGAGGAGGACGAAGAGUUUCUGGAGAUUUACCGCCAGCAACGGAUGAAGGAGCUCAGCGCACUGCAGAAGAAGUCGGUACAUGGCAGCGUCUAUCCCUUAUCCAAGCCCGAGUACUCCCGCGAAGUCACCGAUGCGUCACAGAACGGACCGGUGUUUGUCCUCCUUACAUCCUCCUUGGGCACCAAUGUCGAGUCGAGAGUUCUGUCAGAGCUGUGGCGCCAGGCGGCACGCGAGUACGGCGACAUCAAGUUCUGCGAAAUGAGAGCGUCGCAGGCCAUCGAGAACUACCCCGAGCGCAACUGUCCUACGAUCUUGGUCUACAACAAGGGGGAUAUUGUCAAACAGGUCGUAACACUCAUGACAAUGCAUGGUGUCAAGACCAAUAUGUUGGACAUCGAUAACCUGCUCGUCGAUGUUGGGGCGAUCCCUGACAAUGACAUGCGGGUUGCCAAGAGGAGGAGAGAAGUUCAGGAGGCGGAGGAGGAGAAGCUCUUUAGCAAGAACAUCAGAAGCACCUCUGACCACAAGGAAGAGGACGACGAUGACUGGGACUGAGUCGGGCAUGUCAUAAUACGCCACAUCUCAUCGUGCCAUCCCGGCAGCCCGAGCGAGGAGACACGAUACCAUUCCGAGGUCGAACUCAGCAUGCU